UUGUGUUGUGUUGGACGCCAACCGUGUAGUUUACAGUUUUGGGAUCCAAAGGUUGUACCUGGCAGCAGGAGAGUACACUUAUCGAUUAUUUCCUGUGGAGUUUAUUUGUUGAUCGGCCGCUGAUGACAGGCUGAUGCGUCACGCGCUGUUUCGCCCGCGUUUGUCACCUUGAGCAUCCCGUCCGGAAAACACCACUGUGGAUGCCUGAAAUCAUGAGUGUCCUGGAACCUCAGACGAGGCAAGCCAAUGGAGUGGCCAGAUCGGACAGCAAGAUCAGUGCCAAGGCCCUCUACGAACAGAGGAAAAAAUACUCCAACUCAAAUUUUAUCAUGCAUGAGACGUCGCAGUAUCACGUCGAGCAUCUCUCCACGUUCAUUAUGGACAAGACAGAGUCCAUUGUCACAGUGGACGAUGCCAUUAAGAAACUGGUUCUUCUGGAUUCAAAGGAUAAAAUAUGGACACAGGAGAUGCUCCUCCAGGUCACUGACAAUGCGGUCAGACUGCUGGACUGCGACACACAGGAAGAGUUGGAGAACUUUCCUCUCCCCACCAUCCACAUGUGUCAGACGGUGCUGAAUCAGACACGCUACACAUCUGUGCUGCUGCUCGUGUGUCAGGACAAGGAGCAGCACAAACCCGACAUCCACUUCUUCCACUGUGACGAGGUGGAGGCUGAGAUGGUUCACGCAGAUGUAGACAGUGCCAUUGGAGACAACAAGCAUGGAAAGAAAAUGAGGCUUCAGACUCUGAAGGUGAACCAGGAGAAAAUGAAGCGUCACAGAGAAACCAUCCUCCCGCCCUCGGUGCCCAAGGGCCCCUCACGUUCUCCGAAGGGACGAGUGGCGGCCACAAGCACACAGGCUAGACAAGCCCCCGGACAAAAUGACACGGAGUCGCAUGAAAAGCUGGCCCAGCGCAUUGAGAAAGAUGUGCAAAUCCUCAACUGUGCCCUGGACGACAUAGAAAUCUUUGUGGCGCAGGUGCAAAAGGCAGCAGAGGCCUUUUCCCAGCUCAACCACCGCAACAAGAGUAAGAAGAAUAAGAAGAGAGGACCAGCAGGAAGUGACACCAAAAGUGUGGUCCUAAUAAUUAUUAAGAGAAAGGGCAUGCUGACGCUACGAGCCAAGCCCCCCUCUGAAGCAGAGUUCAUUGAUAGCCUGCAGAAACUGAAGCUGGCCUUGAACCUCUUGGCCAAACUGAAGAAACACAUACAGAAUCCGAGUGCGUCUGAGCUGGUUCAUUUCCUCUUCGGCCCUCUGGAGCUGGUGCUGCAGAGCUUUGGGAGUCCUGAAGUGCCGCGUUCGGUCAUCUCUCCUCACCUUUCCAAAGAUGCUGUUGAAUUCCUGCGGGGACACCUCAGCCCCAAAGAGUUGACCAUCUUUGAGCUGCUGGGGGAAGGAUGGACCAAACCCAGAGCAGAAUGGUCCAGGGAUCAGUGUGCUCCUCCUUAUUACCCGAAGUUUCGUAACGGCUGGGAGCCACCGAUGGAGCUCUUCAGGACAGCCCCAUGGGAAACAGAGGGACCCACAGGGCUGGGGUCCCCCAGCAGCCCUGAUUAUAGGAAACACUCAGCGGAGGAUUUUUAUGGAACUCAUUCCUCAAGCUCAUCAAACGGGUCUUAUAACGGGAAGACCCACACCCGAAAAUAUGCCAAAAUUCGCUACCACUUUGUAGCGCGGAAUGCCAACGAGCUGUCAGUGCUGCAGGAUGAAAUCCUCGAGGUGAUAGAGGAUGACAAACAGUGGUGGAAACUACGGAAUCGAAGUGGCCAGGCCGGCUACGUCCCAUUUAACAUCCUGGACGUGGUGAAGAUAGAGGAGCCAGAGGGCAACUACAGUCAGCAAGGCUACAGGACGUCACCUCCUGGUUCUGUGAGCCAUGGAGACAGUUUCAACAUGGGUAUACAAAAAGACAAAAUGAUGGAUGAUGUCACCUCUGAGUUAUUGAUGAUGAUCACUGCUAACAAAAGCCAGCCACCCGCCAGGAAGUUCCGUGUGGAGCGAUCAUCUGGCAGCCAAGUACCGCUCGCCUUUGACUCAAACCCAGAGCAGGUGACUGCAUGGCUCAACGCAAAAGGUUUCUCAAAACCGACGGUUGAAUGUUUGGGGAUCCUGACGGGAGCCCAGCUGUUUUCCCUCAACAAAGAAGAACUGAAGGCGGUGUGUGGAGACGAAGGCAGUCGUGUCUACUGUCAAGUGACUGUACAGAAAACACAGCUAGAGCAAACCAAUGGAGACUCAGAGCUGCAGGAGAUCAUGAGGCGGAGGCAGGAGAGAAUCGACUCCGGCAGCAAAGACUGAAGCUGCCGACCAGCACGACCCAUCCGGAUGCUUCUUCUCCCUCUUAAAUCAAUCUACCGUUAAUCAUGACCCACAGUAGAACAUGCGUUAUAUGUUGUAUACAUUUUAAUUGUUGUAUAUUUAUUUUGUAUCAUGCAAUGUGUAUGUAUCCAAGUGUUUUCUCAUCUAAUUCUUUUGCUUUUGUCUUCAUUGUCUCGUUAGACUUUUGUCAUGAAGAGAUGUUUGUGUACGAAAAGAGGAACAUAUAUAAUGAUGUACAGUUUGGUUUGUGCGGGUGUGUAUGUGAGUGUGUGCGAGCAUGUAUAGGCACGUGUAUGUAACGUACAUAUUUGUAUGAGCAGUGUAGUCGAUGUGUAUGCUCAUUGUCAUUAAUGCAGCUGUUUACUUAAUGACCUGGUAAAUAAGUAGAUCUUAGCUGUUGCGUAUCUAAAUCUGUGCCAGAAUGUGUGACACGUCUUCUGAUAUAAUGCCAAUUAUUUUCACAUCACUGUUUACAGCUAUAGAAAAUAAUAAGCCGUGCUCUUUGAUAGUCCUCUGAGCAGAUAUCAGAAAUACAGCACUCAUCCUGGUUGGUAACUGGAAAUCAGCAGUCGGUCUUAAUCUAAAUAAUCUUGCUGUUUAUAAUCAGAAUUCAGACAUUCACCACACAGAAAGUCACAAUUAUCCUGCAUGAAGUCAUUGUCGAUAAUUGUGAAAUGCUGUCAUUAAUAUGGUUUUUUGCAGCAUAAACUGCACUGACAGGAAAAUUAAGUAGUACAUACAGGAGAGUACAUUGCUCUGCUAUGAAUAAUUAAAUGAAGACUUAAACGAAACGAUAUAGGGGGUUUGUAAAUAUUUUGGGACACAAGAAGAUAAUCAAAAAUAAACUUGGUAAAUAUUUGA